CCGAUUUAUGUGUUUAAUUUAAUUUAUUCAACUACAAUAAUUGUUUAUUGGAAUGCAAACGUAACUUGGGAUAUCUUUUGUCAUGUAAAAUGUUGGAGAAAAAAAGAUAGCUAUAAGAGACAGUAAAAUAUUAUUGACUGGUAUUCAUUAAGAAUGAAGUUUGCUCGUUUCAUUUCUAUGCUUUUGUUUAUCUUAAUCUUUUUGGUCCUCGUGCAAUGUGAAUUCAUAACGUUUGGCGUAGUCGGUGCAUUGAGCGGUUUAAGUUAUUAUGUGUAUGAUUAUUACAAAUGCGUAUAUCAGGAAUGUUGUACAGACGAAUAUAUUCUUUCCGAUAUAGACAGACUGGAUUAUAUGCUUACUGCCAAUGUGUAUGGUCAACAGAUUGCUCACGAAGCAAUUAUAAAUGCAUUGCGUGGGCACUUCUAUACUCAUAAUUCACCUAAGGCACUUGUCAUGAGUUUUCAUGGCACACCAGGAACUGGCAAGAAUUAUGUAGCACAAAUGAUUGCUAUGGCUCUUUACAAAAAAGGAAUUCAGAGCCAAUAUUAUUAUUUUUUCAAUGGCCGCAAUGACUUUCCUUUGCAACGGAAAUUGGACGAUUAUAAGGAGGAACUCUACAAAAUCAUUUCCAGCAGUUUACGACAAUGUGAAAGAUCAAUGUUCGUAUUUGACGAAGUAGACAAGAUGCCAGAGGGCCUAUUGAACGUGUUGGUACCAUUUCUAGAUUACCACAGUUACCGCAAAUCGUCAAAAUACAGCGAGUCUAUACAUCAAAAUAAAGCAAUCUUCAUCUUCUUAUCCAAUACCGGUAGCGCGCAGAUUGUGCGGCAUCUUUUUAGUUUAUGGGAGAGAGGCAAGAAACGAGAAGAUACGCGGCUACAGGACUUCGAGAAACUGAUCGCCGAUGGUGCGUUUAGUGAGAAAGGUGGUUUUCAUCACAGUGAUACCAUACAGACCAGUGUGAUCGAUCAUUAUGUGCCAUUUCUGCCGCUAGAGGAGGUACAUGUAAGGAAAUGUCUGGAACGUGCUUUCACCGAGCGAGGUGUUGUUUCUCCGAAAAAAGAAAUGAUCCAGGAAGUUCUGUCGCAUCUGACUUUUGGACCGGAGCCUUAUAAUUUGUACUCUAUGGCUGGUUGUAAAAGAAUUGAACAAAAAGUUGCCGCUGUUGUGUACGGCAAAUCUACAUUACAAUCCAGAAAUGUCGUUUGAAAAUAUAUUAUAACAAUAAUAACGAUAACCCAUGGUAAUUAGUGGUUUAUAUUUAAUAUAUAAUAUUAAUAUAAUAAUUAAUAUAUAAUAUAAUAAUAAUUAAUAUAAUAUAUUUUGCAUAGCAUCCCGAUGAGAGCAUUUAUUUAAUAAAAUUUUCUUACAUUUAGGAAAAUGUUUAAUGAAUGAAAAAAUAGUAAAAUUGAUUUUGUAUUUACACAAUAGGUAAAUAAAUAUUUAUGUGUGUGUGUAUGUGUAUACGCGCACGCUUAUAUAUAAGGGAAGCGCAUGUGCGUGUAAAUAAAUGUCUAUAUAUACAAAA